AUGACCAGUUCUAGCAGGAACUGUCUUGAUAUAGCUUUAGUAGAAGCAACAUUUUGUGCAUAUGUUAAAGAGGACAUUUUCAAUUAUGUUUGUGAUUUUUAUACCAAUGCUAAUUUACCAAAGGCGGUGUCUUCUUCAUUCUUGGCCCUGAUUCCCAAGGUAAGUAAUCCUCGUAAUCUCUCGGAAUUCCGCCCAAUUUGCCUUGUUGGUUGUUUGUAUAAGAUCAUCGCAAAGGUAUUGGCGAAUCGGUUGAAGAGGGUGGUUGACAAGCUGAUUUCAAAAACUCAAACAGCAUUCAUUCCAGGUAGGCAUAUUCAAGACGGAAUGGUGGUGCUAAACGAAGUGGUGGAUUUUGCAAAAAGGAAUAAGAGAAGUUGCUUAGUGCUGAAGGUCGAUUUCGAAAAGGCAUAUGAUAAUGUUAAUUGGUCCUUUUUGCUGUACAUGCUUAGUAGAUUUGGUUUUGGCGAGAAGUGGUUGCGUUGGAUGAAGGCGUGUAUUUGUAGUAGCUCGAUGUCGGUCUUGGUUAACGGCUCUCCAACCAAGGAUUUUAUGGCGGAAAAAGGUUUGAAACAGGGAGACCCCUUAUCCCCGUUCCUUUUCACCAUAGUGACAGAAGGUUUGGCAAGGAUGGUGGCUAUGGCAAAAGACAGAGGCGUUUUCUCAGGUUUUAGAGUUAGUCAAAAUCUGUCGUUUGAAUUGAUGCAGUUUGCAGAUGAUACGGUUAUUAUAGGGGAAGGUAGCUGGAGCAAUUUGUGGAGUAUAAAAGCAAUUUUGAGGGGUUUCGAGCUUGCUUCGGGGUUACCAAUCAAUCUAGCAAAAAGUAGCAUUUUGGGUGUUAAUUUGGAGGAAAGUUUUAUGCUGGCAGCGGCUGAUUUUUUGUGUUGCAGACGCGACAGAUUCCCAUCGAAAUUCCUUGGCAUUCUGUUAGGAGAUAAUCAUAGACAACAAUACUUGUGGAAAUCGGUGGUCGAAAAGAUGAGAAGUAGUGAUGGCGGAGAUGAUUAUGUUGCAGAGAGAGUUCUUGUGGGGAGGGGGAGCAGAAAAGAGAAUCAUUUCGUGGUAAGCUGGGAAGAUGUGUGUAGGGAUAAAGCUGACGGAGGUUUGGGGGUUAGAAAUAUAGAAAUGUUCAAUGUGUCUUUGUUGAAUAAAUGGAGGUGGCGCUUUCUCGUCGAUACAGAGGCUGUUUGGAGAUCACUGCUUGUGCAUAUAUAUGGUCCACUCGAGGCAGCUGUUUUCAACGGGAAGGAAUACUCUAGGAGCGGUAAUAAUUCGUUAUGGUGGAGAGAUAUUAGGAGCUUGAGCGGUCAGACGGAGACAAUGGGGGACUGGUUUCAAAAGGGCAUUUCAUGUAGGGUGGGGACGGGAUCGAGAGUGCUAUUCUGGAAAUGCAAAUGGUGUGGUAGCAUUCCUUUUCAGCUAGCUUUUCCUACUCUUUUCAGCAUAUCGUCCCAACAAAAUGCGACAGUUGCAAAUAUGGGAAAGUAUAUGGGUGACCGCUGGUUGUGGAGUUAUCAUGAGGAGUUUGCCGGACAGAACAUGGUGGUCCAAGAAGAAUUGGCAGAAUUGUCAAAUAUUCUGGCUCAGGUGUGUCCGGACAGAUCACUGACAGUGGACGGUUUCAAAUGGUUUGCGAACGGAGAAGGAAGAUAUGUGGUGAGUGAGGGCUAUAGGGUGAUGGAUAAAACUAGGCCUGCGGAGAUGGUGAAUGAAGACAGAUUGGAAGCUUAUUCAAUUCUUUGGCAAACUCGAGUUCCUUCGAAAAUUCAUGUCUUUGGUUGGAGAUGUAUUAAGAACCGGUUGCCAACGUAUGAGCAACUUAUGCACAGAGGGGUUUCCCACUGCGGAUUCGGAGAGACUCUAGAUCAUUUGUUUGUUUGUAAACUGUCCUUUUGCUUCUUUGGUUUGGGAGAAAUUAUUGUUGUGGUUGGGUGUGCCGGUAUUUGA